AUGUUAAGCUAACUGAAGCAUUAGAAAAGGGAAAGUUUCAAUAUCUAAAAUGUUGUUUAAAUGAUUAGGCCAAGAUUUAUAUAUUUUAAGGGUUUUUUUAUUCUGUUUAAUUAGGAAUUAAAUGA